AUUUAAAUGACCCUUCUGUGGAGCAGCCUGACGCGAGGCUCAGAGCGCUAUCCGAAGCGGCAUGCAAAUACAUGAUUUCUACUUUUCAUCCAAAACUUCCUGGGGACCGUGUUUGUCGUUGGGAUUUUUUUAGGUCGCACUGUUUUUAUUUUAUUAUAAUUUUUUUUUAACACAAUUCAAAGAUAUGGAUUUGCACAUUUUGGAUCAUAGACUGAGAGUGACUAGCAUCUGCAAGGACGGUUUGGUGAAUUUCACCCACUCGCUGAUCAAACUCAUGUUUCUCCGGAACAGAACAAGGUGUAAAUUCUUCAGCCUGACUGAGACCCCAGACAAUUACACAGUGGUGUUGGACGAGGAAGGAUUUAAAGAGCUGCCCUCGUUGGAACACCUGCAGGUGGAAGGCGCCACCUGGCUGCCACUCAAUGUGGUCUCCAACGGCAACGCCUCCAGCAGCUCCCAGGCCGUGGGUGUCACCAAGAUCGCCAAGUCCGUCAUCGCUCCGCUGGCAGAGCAGCACGUCUCGGUCUUCAUGCUGUCCACCUACCAGACUGACUUCAUCCUGGUCCGAGAGAAGGACCUUCCUGUGGUCAUCCACACUCUGGAGGAGGAGUUCAAGAUUUACCGGGAGGAAGAGGGUGAGCCCGUCCCAGUGCACAGCAAGGACAUGCAGAAUGGCUUCCACAAGAACGGGAAGGAAGCUGUGAAGCUGACUGUGCACCCGGUCCUGAGCCCACAAAACCAGUUCUGUGUGAUGAGUCUGGACCCAGACACCCUGCCUGCAAUAGCCACCACCCUCAUCGACGUGCUGUUCUACUCUAACAGCUCUGUGAAGGACGAGGCCCCUCCCACUCAGGGGCUGGACUGUAUCAAGUUCUUUUCCUUUUCUCUGAUUGAUGGCUACAUCUCCAUCGUCAUGGAUACCGAAACUCAGAGACGGUUUCCAACCAAUCUCUUGUUUACCAGUUCCUCUGGUGAGCUCUGGAGAAUGGUGCGCAUUGGAGGGCAGCCACUAGGCUUCGACGAGUGUGGGAUUGUUGCUCAGAUCUCCCAGCCGCUGGCAGAGGCAGACAUUUCUGCCUAUUACAUCAGCACCUUUAGCUUCGACCACGCAUUGGUUCCUGAGGAGGAUAUUGGCAGUGUGAUCGCCAUGCUGCAGCAGCAGAGACUGGAGGUUGUGAGCUGACCAGUUCCCUCACACAGUGAGCGAGACUGAGAGAGCGAGACUGAGAGAGCGCCUCCUGGGGGGCUGGGGGUUGCACGGCAGAGCUAAGAUAAUUAUUAACCUUUUGCCGCAGCAAGCCUUCAGCCCUGCCUUGGAGGAGGAGAGAACACUAACGUGGUCAACCCUUUCCACGUUGAAAGGUGGUCACAAGCCUUUUUGCAUUGGGUCACUGGUGUGGUCUUCCUUUCUUUUAAUGAGAUGGAAAUUUGGAUCUGGUUACAUCGUGGGGAUGCACUGGGCAGGAUGUUUAAUGGCAGGAUGUAAAUAUCAGCAAUGAACCAAAAAAAAAAAAAAAAGCCUCCGUGCUUUAAUCCAACCCCAGAAGUGGGAUCUGGUGCUGUGUGUGUUUUAUUGGUGCUGAAAUAAGGAGGAACCCAGAAAUUCCAGCUGCGCAGAUAAGCAGAGCCCGCAUGGAAACGGGGAGAGAGCUUCCUUUCCACUGGGCUGCCCCAGAGAAUCUGGAAAAAGAAAUAGAGACUAGAGGAAACCGUGUGAAGUUGACAAACAUUUCUCUGAAAGCUGCCUUGAGUUCAGGAUGGCGAGUUUAAAGUUCUGGUCGGAAUAUCACAGAUCGACGCACUUUAUUUUGACCCUAAGCAGUAGCUGGUUUCUGAAUUGCCACUUUUUUUUCCUCCCACAGCUAAUGGUGGCAAACCUUGUUUCCCCACAGCUGGCAGGGGUUAUGCGAAUCAGUUUUUUUUACUAAUUUUUAUACUUUAUCGUGGUCUUGUGGGCCACGUUUUAUUGUGCCUACUUGAUUGUAUUUACAAUGACACUUGAUUUGAAAUGUAUUCUUCUGAAGUCUCACUAUGCUGACCACAGAUAUUCACAUGUUUUUGCUUCUCUAGCCAUGGCCCGAACUCCACGCUUAAGGAGUUCCUAUUGAGGUUGUAUUGCUUAAACUUAGUGACUAAUACUGACCCAUGGCAAGCAUUAUUUGAAUUUUGUAACUAUAUAGAUAGUGUAGUAUUUGUAAUUUUGAGAUUCAGUUCAGAAGUCGAAAUUCUCAGUCUUCCAUCAGCAGUUCUGAGGAGCAGUGGUCCACAUUGAGACUCCCCUGAAGGAUCCUAACUGCACUGAAAAGCCUGGUCGAUGUGUGGGUACAACAUUGGAAUGGGUCGUUUGUUAGAAGCUGCUCUCUGUAUGAAAGUUUCACUUGUGCUGUUUUGUUGGUUGGUGAGUUUCUGCUGAACAGCACAGCAAUAUCUACCCAGUGUGCUUUAGGGUUUCAGAUCCACUGCAGAGGUGUCAUAUUUGUUUCUGUUUGUAUAAUUGCAGAUUUUUGUACAAUAACAAAACAAAAGUAUUAUGUACAACGUUUGUAAAGAUGCUGCUUUGUUCAUUAAAGAAUGUUGAAUUUAUUACGAAGUUCUCCAUUUAAUAUUUUGUUUGUCUAAAUUAUGAAUCCCUGAAGUGUGUCUGAUUUUGAUGGACUCUGGUAAACUUGAAAACUGUACGCUCCGUGAUACACUUGCCUUGGGAUGAAUCUGUGAGCAGGUGCCAUUAAGCUCAAUGGUGCCCUCUAGUGAGUGCUGAGUGAAGUACUUCUUACCUGUGUGUGCAACAGGUUUAUUGGUAGGGCUGGAUGUAAUGUUAAACUACUAAAAUAAUCCUUGCUAUAUUUGUUGUGUGUGUGGCAUCAUUUAUGUAAUUUGAUAGGCAAUUGCACAUUUCUUGAAAAAUCACAUUGAGAGGACAGUUAGUAAAACUCAAAGUAAAUGUAUAGAUACGACCUAUAAAAAAAGGUUUUAGCUAGAGCCUCUUUCAGUGUAAGCAGACUCAUAUUUUUUAUAGACUACAUUGGCUUGUUAUUCAAAACCAUAAUGAGCAGUGCUUGACACUGCUGUCUUGCACCGGAAACAGUUAUUGGAGCUGGAAGCUACAGUAUAUGUCUUAACCAUACUCAACACACGUAUGGGGGGGAAAACAAGCCCAAAAUUGACUGUUCAGGGAUGUACAUAAGGCUCCCAUUGCAUAGCAGUCUGUUCCAUUCCUGAUUGAACUAUGAGUUUUAAUAGGACACACCUGAGCUUGUUACCUCUACACUGUGGCUAAUCAAGCUUGUAUUAAAACCUGGGAUUGUUGAAACUGCUACGCAACAGGAGUCUUAUUUCCAUCCCUGCUGUUUAAUGACAGUCGGCAAGGGCAUAUCAAAUAAAGAAGUCGUUUUGUUCCACAUGAAAUAAAGCUUUUCCAUAAAUACGUGGGGUCCUUUAAAUGAACCUUCGUAGUGGUUUCUCUUAUCUUUUUGUAAGGUUUUUUUUGUUUUUCCUUUUGAAAAAGGAACGCAAGUCAAAGCUGAUAGAUCAGGAGCGUGGUGACUCAUCGCAUGCAGUGGAACACAUGGAUGUGCAUUAGCAAAUGAAGUGAUAAAAGAACGUUCAUAAAAUGGAUAGAGUUCCAUUGAGCAGCAACUGUCGUCAAAGGAGCCUCUUGCGCCUGCUUCCUGUUGAUUAAGCGGGUCUGCGAGCACCACCAGCGUGGUGUGUGGCCUUUUUCCCCCCCUCCUGUCUGUAUAUUGAAAAAGCUAUUUCAGUUUUUCUGAGAGUCGGACGUUUAAGUCAUGUCGGGUGACGUUAGUCUCCAAACAUUGCUGCUUCAUGUUUCCACUGGAAGCUUUAACCCAUUAAAUGCCAUUGUCCUCAUUUGAGUUCUCUAACUAUUUGGUAGUAAUAAAUUACUCGCAUUUUGUUUACCACAAAAGUUCAGUUUAAAUGUAACUAUUCAUUCUGCAAAUAUGCUUUUAUGACGCCUCACUAUAAAAUAAGAAACUGAAAUCUAAAAAUGAUACAUUUCUUGGUGUUUUUCUACCACAGUGAUGAUAAAGCUCAAUUUUCUAGGUGUUGAGCUUCAUACCCUACGUGAAAUUUCACUGGUCUGAUAACUUGACUGUCCUUGAAAUAGGACGCUGUGUUCUAAAUAUACCUGUCCCUUUACACUUCGGAAAGACUGGAACACUUUUAGAAUGGUAACAUUUUUAUUUAGAAUGGAUCAAAUUAAUGUAAUUUGGUACUUAUUGAGUUAAGUACAGAACCCAGGGCAUCAUUAAGCCUUGAUAAGCAGAGCAGCGGGCGUGUCUGUAAAGUAACUAUAGACCCAGGAACGUGAAGGCGUCUGAUGGGAAGCAAUAGCCAAUGUCUGUGUUCUACAUGCUGGUGAAAGUUACAUUAAACUAUGGUUCUUGAAUCUUUAAAAGGUCGUGCCACGUCUCGUUGAGGUGCUCCGGUCCCCAAGGCGGUUUGAAAUUCCUACUCGCGUUCUCUAGUGCUUCGGAAACCAUUAAAAUACCUGUGCAUGCAUUAGACAAGGGACGGAAAUGAGAUCAGGAAAAAAUGACUGUUUGAAGGUGUAGGUUACUUCCCUCAUAUUUCAGUUAUUUUCCUCCCUUUUUAAUUACUUGAGGUAUCAUUUCCGUCUGUUUCUUUCUUAAUCUAGUGUGGCGGUCAUUGACCCAUUUUCAUGAGGACAGUGCCCCAAUUCCUAAUUCCGUCUGACUAAACGCCCUUCAUGAGAAAGCGUGUUCGGGUCUGCUAGUUCCUGCCAGCUUCCUGAUUGUCACAGCAUAGGAAAUGGCAUGUAAGCAGCAGAUACUGAAGCUUCGUCUCUGAACGGCAGGGCUGGCUUAGCUUUCUUUUUACUGUCGCUCUGAACUGAUUUCAAUGAAAAGAGUCUCAUGCUUUUCCUGUGAAAGGGACGGUUUCUUUCAUUUUAAUUUAUAAUAGACUUAUCUGGGAGACCUCAAGUUUGUCGAAGCGGUCUGGAUUGGUGAUAAUGGGUUAGCCUGGUGAGUUCUAGGAACCACAAGACUGCGUCUGAACUCUGAGCAGCCUGUCUGAAGCAACAUUCGCUGGCUUCUCUGGAAAGUACCAUGAACUGCGGGCAAUGCCACGGCAUUUGCAUUCUCAGGUAAACCGUCAGCACCUUGGUUCGUACUUGUGGCUAUUUGAAUUCCCCUAAUGAAAUCCUCUCGGCAGGUGUGCUGCUCUCUGCAGUGUCAGCUGCUUUUCAAAAGUUUGGAACAGUAAGCAGCUGAACAAAAUACCCCUGAAAUAAAGUAGGCUAUCAUGAUCUGUGUGAAAGAGCAGAGUCACGGCACAGUGGUGCAGUGUGAAGCCAAGGGUAGUUAGCUGUUUUGUUAGUUAGCCCUCUUCACAUAGCAAAGUUACACCCCAAACCAGUUAGACAAGGUUUGUUGCAAAACGUCGGUGCAACAGUAUGUCCAGAUUGAACACAAACCCCAGAGCUCUCAUCCUGAACACCUUUGCCAACUUCUCUGAACUGUUUGCACAAAACCACUGUGAAGACACCUUGUGGAAUCGUAAGCCAGUCCAGGGGUAAUUAUCUUAAAAGCUGAUCUCACUGUUCAGUACGGGGCUGGGAGUUUGAACCUUGAGCCUUGUACGAGCGAUGGCUGUUGAUGGAGUGGUUUUUGCUGCUUAGUUAUCACUGUACUAGUACAGAUACGAUCUGUCCAUUGCUGCAGCACAUCGCAUCCAACAUCCUGUCAAGUCAUCUUACUGUCGGGUAAAAAAAUCUCUCUUGACAUUUUCAAAUGUUACCACAAUGUUUGGCAUCAGUCUGUAGUUUCCAAGAACAAUUCUGUCUGACAAAGUGCUUCUGGUUCAUUGUAUUUAGUACAUUGUUACAGACAGCUGUUGGGGCCCAAAGAAUACCACAGAGUGGCCCCUAUGUCCAUUGUGUUAUGAAUAAUUACACGAAGCAGAGAUGCAUUUCUUUGGAGUUUGUAUUCAUCCGUCACAUCUAUAUACAAUCAAAGGAUCAGCAAAGGGUUCAAACAAAAGCAUGGGAAGGUAAGGAUGUGUUUUUAUUUCAUAUUAAAAGUUGCAAAAAUGCUGUUAGUUUAGCGUAACAAACAAUGGCUUUUUUUUUUUUAAACUGUAAUAACUGUUAUAAAAGUUAUACUACGAAAACCUACAAAAACGUCACUAUUUGUGACCAGCGGAAUCUAAUCGUGUUGGGAUUCUUUAGAUAUUUUUACUGUGCCAAAAUCAUAUCCUCAGUCAUAGCAUAUCUAGGAAAGGUGGACAAACUCAACUAAACCGAGCCACUCCUUCUCAUCCUCACUCGUCACCUCCUACCACAGACCAGUAAGACCUCACUGUGUUGCUUUCGUCACUAUCAAUUUCUCCCUCUGAGAAACAGGAACCUCUUUAGGGAUGCCACUGCUAUUUUUAGAAACUGACUGAGCAAUAAAAGACUUGAGACAAACCCAUCACAGCACAAUAGUAGCAUGUGCUCGGGGAAAGAAGUCUUUUCAGCCCCUUUGAACUGCCUUCCAGUGAGGAGUGAGACUAUCUCAAGUGCUUCCAUUCAGGAGUGAGACUAUCUCAAGUGCUUCCAUUCAGGAGUGAGGCUAUCUCAAGUGCUUCCACUGAGUUAAACGCACUCCAAACACCCCUUGGAAAAUAACCAAACCAGAAAAAAACAACUGACAUUUAAUGCUGGCGCUGGUACGUAGUAGUCCUAAAUGGGCUUUAAAAAAAUAAAUAUCUAUAUAUUAGACUGUUGUUUGGUGUUUUGUCCCUGUACUCAUGUCAAUUUGGAGUAAAUAGCUUUGACCGUUGAGCCCUGUGUCUGAAUGAGUAAGGCCUACAUAUUCACAGGCCCUGAUGUGUCCCAUCAACCCAGCUUGCCUGCUGAAGGGCAGUGCCUCCACACACAGUGCACUGGUGUUGGUUUAGAGAGCUCUAAAGGAAGUGAUGCCUUUCUGAGCCACCUACACCACCAGUGCCUGGUUUUUACUCUGAGGCUGCCACAGCAAAACUUCUAGAUAAGGAGAAACACCCUUGUGCAGCGGUGUCCAGUCACGAUCCUGGAGAGCAUGCCACUCCAGGUUUAACAGGGAUAGAAUGAACUAAUGCAGGGACUGGAUGGAGGUUCAAUUAAACAAUUUAGAACAGGGUUGAAACAAAGACCAGGAGUGGAAGAGCCAGCUUUGGCCAGCCCUGCCUAAAUGUACACUGCAUGCAGUAUAUGAACAGGGUAAUGAAUGCAAAGAUGUGUUUGAGACUGACAAACUCUCCCCAAAGGGGAACCCCCGUCCCCAUGAAACUCACUCAACAGGAAAACCAGAUGAUCAUUCUUGUCUAUGACCUCAGGCUGUAACCAAGUGCAACGUUUCCCAUCUGUCUGGUUUUGAAAUAAAAAAGGGCGAAACUGCUCUCUCUUCCUCUAAACACUUUUACAGCUGUCUCACCAAACACUUGCAGUAAGUACGUGACAGAGGUCAUAAGGUGGACUCCUGACAUUUGUAGUUAGUAACAUCAGCACAUUAACUAGUCAUUAUAUUCAUAUGAGGUACAACAUUAUUUAAUUAUAAACCCUAUCAGAAAUAGGGGGCUGUGUGGUCCAGUGGUUAAAGAAAAGGGCUUGUAACCAGGAGGUCCCAGGUUCAAAUCCCACCUCAGCCACUGACUCAUUGUGUGACCCUGAGCAAGUCACUUAACCUCCAUGUGCUCCAUCUUUCGGGUGAGACGUAGUUGUAAGUGACUCUGCAGCUGAUGCAUAGUUCACACACCCUAGUCUCUGUAAGUUGCGUUGGAUAAAGGCAUCUGCUAAAUAAACAAAUAAUAAUACAAAGUCAUUGUUCCUGAAUCUUAUUGGAUUUCCUAUAGUACAGAACAGUGUAGCAGUUUGUCCCCAUUUGUCCUUAAGGAGUGUGUUACAUUUUAAAAAUGCCACCUAACUUUGUGUAUCUUGUAAACGGAGAUGCAUGGCUCCCCUUUACAAGCUGGUCCUUUAUACUGUGGAGCCACUUAUUGACAGUGGCUCCAAUGUGGCAUCCUACUGGCACUUUCAGUGUUAUCAUAAGAUGGAACACAAGUACAAUGGACUAUGGAUCCCAGCUACAGCUUUAUAAGGGGCAGCACUCUAGAAUAGAACCCGGAGAAACCGUGUCUUAUAACCUCCCAAGGCUAAGUCAGAUUAUAACUAGUGUAGAAAAUAUUGUGGUAAACAGUGAUGUGAGUUAUCUAUUCAUCUGCAGUGUCACUAAAGAAAAUGCCCAAAAUACUUAACUCCAAGUCAUCAGAAUAUCUUGCAAAACUGCUUAAAACCAGUCAUAACCUGACUCUAUCAAGGUCAUCGAUAACGGUAUUCUGUCAAACAGGCAAAAACCUACGCAGUGUGCAUGCCUGUGGCAAGGCAAAGUUUGUGCAUAUACAGAACUAAAUAUUUUAUUUUGAUGCGCAUUUGUGUGUUGAGUAGGGCUAGUGUUAAAAGCCCAUCACUGAGGGAUACAAAUGGUGUUGCUGCAACUCCAAUUAAGACAAGCCUCCCAUUUAAAGCAAUGCAUUUUCAGGUUCAUGGCUGACCUGCCCAAUCGGAGAGUGGAUGUGCCCAGUCAAAGAAGGCAGCUUGAUCCCAGGAUAGCCGCCCGUAGGUGGUGAACUCCAGGGUGACUCCCCAGCGUUAUAAAAUGCUCCAAUGAAAUUCAGACGGGGUGCGGUGUGCGUUGAUCAAAUCGUUGGCGACACUAAAAUAAUGGCCGCAAAUUCAUAAUGCUUUCCAACUGAAUGAUCAACAUCAUUUGUUACAAAGGAACAUGGAAUGCAUACAGGUAAUUAAAUCUCCUUUAUUAAAAAAUGUUUAAGUCCAAAGUCUGUGUCACAUAAUAAUGAUAUCUUGUUUUAGAUUUCAAACUCCUUGUCAGUGACAUCUACGACAGUAUAUGACAGAGAAUAACUUCUCUGUAGCCUUCAACUACAGUGCACAGAUAUUUGUGAAAUAAGCAGUUGUUUGCUGAUUUCUAAGAACUUUUGCCCUAUAAGGAGGUAGCCCCAGCGUCACUUCCUCGUGCUGAUUUUAUCUCAUUGCGGUCGCCUGGUUUUGUCAGCCUUCCUCAAAAGUACCUUGUCACUCUCCCCACUGAUCUUAAUAACUGUUGCACAGUGCGCUCAACACUACACACAGACACGCGCGCUCACGGACAACACAGCUCCCGGUUCCUUCGUUCCUUCUGCUAGCAUGGUCCUCCUCUUGCAUGUGAUACCAGCCACAUCAGGUAAUUGUUCUUAAUAACUUUCAUUUUUGAUCGUUAUCAAUGACCCACAAUGUCAUUGAUAAUGAGUGAGCCCUGCUGAUUGAUUCAGCGACGAGAGUGAGUGUAUGGCAGUAGACCCUGUGUCAUACAGAGGGCUCCUUGUGCUUCAUUGCUGCUCCUCUCUCUGGGAUGUGAGAGCCAUGCUGGAUGUGCGCCAUGUGCUUCUUUGAAAUUGAAACAUGCUGUUAUUCUCAAGGGGGUUUGGAUAACCAGAGGAGACUUGGUCAUGGGUGGUCCAUGAUUUGUCAAUGGCAUAAUGAUUACUAGAAACUAAAAGACCACCCUUGUAUAUCCAUGGGGUCUUCACAAUAAGAAGUUGUCUGUGGACUAGCAUGGCUCAGCAGCACUUAUAACCAUGGCUUAGGGCCACUCAGACCCUCCAUUGACUAACUAUGUAUGUCUAUUGUCAGGUAGGCAGGGGGCUGUAGUACCCUGUUCCUUUCUGAUGAUGUUCAAUAGAAGCCCUGGGAGAUCCUGUCCUCCUGAGGAAACUGAAAUAUUUUACCACCACUGUGUAGUUUAUUCUACGACUGUAGGAAGUGUGACUAAUUUGUCAUAGGAUCUUGUCUGUUAAUUUGUCUGGGCGCCAGUAAUAAUCCUAGUCUGUUAUUGUUACCCUAAACAUUCUUCCUGUUAACUAAUGAGCAUGAAUUACUUAACACACCAGAAAUUGCUAUUGCUCUGAAGCCAGGACUAGGUCUUGUUUUUAUGUGGGUACAAAGCAUGCAGCUAUAAUGGUACGUCUCCAAAGCUAUUACUCAAUUACACACAUACAAAACUGAGACGUAACUAGUUUUCUUUUUGAAAUGGCUAGUUUUUAAUCAACUCCUUUGUAUCUCUCUUUCAGCUCUGAUGUACAUACUUCUCAUGUCCCAUGUUGCAAGACUAAGCACAGCCAAGCUGUGUGGAACCGCUGCUGUCAUACAGAGCAGGAAAUUAGCCAACUUCUUGCAGAAUCAAUCCGAGGAUCUCCUGAAAACCUACCUGUCCAAGCAAGGAGAGGGGUUCCCCCAAACGACCUCUUUAUGCAAGGAACCGGUGGAGGGCUUCCCAGAAGGCCAGGUCACAGACAUGAAGCCUAACGAAAUGCUCCGUAGCAUCUACGUCACCCUCAGACACCUGGAUGGGCAUUUUCAAAACCUGCGCCGGCAGCAGCUCGAUCUGGUGUCUCCCCCGUCUGACCUUCUGCACAAAAAGCUGACGGACACCCACAACCGCAUCCAGGACCUCGCUGGCAACAUAAAAUGCCUGCUGGAAGAAGUUCCUCCAGAGAUCUCCAUCACCAGCUCUUCAUCCGGAAGGGGCGUCUUUAGGCAGAAGAUGGUCGGCUGCACGGUCUUAAGAAAAUAUUCUGAAUUCCUCAAGCAGGUGGUGAGCGGAUUAAACCAUGUUAUCUCCAGAAGAUCCGCAACAAGAGGACAGGGGAUUCAGACGAUACUGAAGAAAGUGUUGAGGUUAGGUUGAAGGCUCUAGUGUCUCCUCGCCAUUAUGAGGUUCCCUGUUAACCCUCAUCGUUGGACCAAAGCAAACUGGACAGAAAUGACUGCCUUAUUAGCACUGUUAGCAACAUAAGUUUAUUUAUGUAACGUAAUUUAUGUAUUUAUUUUGAAAUAUUUAUAUAGUGUAUGAUUCUGGCCAAGUAUAGGAGUGUGUAAACCAGUGAGUCAAAUGCACUGAUUUGAUGGCAUAGCUGUUUCUCAACGUCAAGCGAUAAGCAUAGCAAGAAUCAAUUUAAAAUAACAAGAUGGUGCCGAAUGCCAGUUCAGCUUGCCACACUUAGCAGUUACAGCAAUGUUCCGGAUGUGUUUUGAAUUGCAGAUGGUCCAUGAAUGUGCUGAUGUAAAUCACUGUACUGAAUGUAAGGAUGGGGGACUUCAGUUUUAGGUCACCCAUUUCUAAAAUAUCAGCCAUAUUGGCUGAGAGAGACUUUGUUCUGCGGCUUACGUACUGUAUUACACAUGCCUUUUCUUUUGAGCACCCUGCUCCAGGUACUAAUAGCUAUACUUUAUAGUUUGAACCCAGGCCACAGUGUGUAUUAGCCAGUAGGGCUCUAUGACCACUGCAAGUUUAAUUUCCAUUGCUGUUACUGCACCGGUACAUGAAUGUCAUUUUUUAUGUUUCUAUUUAAAUCGUAUGUUAUUUAUGUAUAUUUUUGUACUCCACUUCUUUUAUUUAUUUGUAAUAAAUAAUAUAUAUUUUCGUUUUGAUA